AUGAACAAGAGAAGCAGGACUCCAAGUACUUGUACCCAUAGGGGUAUCCAAGAAUCCAGGGAUGCAAGAUCUACUGUUGCAAUUCCAAGUGUCAAAUCCGUCAAGACUCGUGAAUUACUGCAAUGCAAGAGUUGGCAGUCAGCUACUUCCAUUGUGCUGCUGCUACUAUCUGUCCCGUGUCACUACUGUCAAGCAGAUCAUUCCUCUGCUCAAGUGGAUGGCAAGAAUCCUCAUAAUUUUUCCAAAGUCCAGCAGCAAUUCUUGCCAAGAAGAUCUGCUCCUCGAAGUUUCAUCCUGGCCAGCAGUAGCAACUACCAGUACCAGUAUCCCUACCGAAGCACUGCCGCCACGAAAAGACCCAAAGAAGACUACGCCAUUACCUACAAGUUUCCAGACGAGGAAGAAGCAGAAACACAAAAACAGAAACAAUUGGAAAAAGAAAACAAAAGACUUGAAAAGGAAACACAAAGGCUUGAAAAGAAGCAACAACUGCAAGAGAAAAAGCAACGGCAGGAACAACAACGGCAAGAUAGAGAACAACAAAAGCUAGUAGAGCAAAGACAAAGACAAGCCAAAAUGCAGCAAGAUACCAAAACCACGAAACAAGCUACCAAAACCAAACAAACACAAACCAAACAACCACUGGUAGAUGACUUUGGUUUUGAUCUGAGCCAACCACCUUCACGCAAACAAAUCUUGCAGCAAGAACAAAAAGAAGCAACAGAAGAUGCAGCUAGGCAAGAAAGCAAACAACUAGAGGAGGGAAAAUCUGCUGCCAUUGCUACCGAUGCCACAACAGGUAUGGCCUGGAAUACUGCGAAAGCCAUUGCAUCAGGAGUUGGUGUCUGUGCCAGCGUCGUGGCAUCAUCAUCUAGCAACAACAACGACAACAACAAUAAGCUCAAAAAUAACAGCAAGAGUAACAGCAAGAGUAAGACGUCCAACAAAAACAACAAAAACAAGAACAAACCCAAAGGCAUUGGCUGGACCAGAGCCAACAACAACAACAACAACAAACGUCAACAGUCCACCACCCAGCGAACCCUUCUCCCCAUCAAGCCACGAUGGCCGUUUCAACCACACGCCACCAAGCCCUCCCGGCGCUGGACCACGCCGGCCGACGACCAUCCUCUGGCCUUGCAAUCCGAAGCUACGAUUCGUAACCACGGCAUUCUCCAGUGGCUAUUUGGUCGCGAAAAGUUGCCCUGGACACUCAGUGCCAUUGUAGCACUGGUCUAUUUGGUGGCAUUAACGAGUCGCAUUGGUUGCGAUUAUUAUCACGAUCAUCGACAUCCCAUUUGUUGGGCACCACUCCGCGACAUGACGGCGUCCUUGCACGAUGGAUUCUGUGUCUGGGGCGCCAAUCCAACGACGGGGGCUUGUACCUCCAAUAUUCACAAUUCGCACCAAUACAGUUUUUACGUCGAUACGGCAUUGGCUGUUCUGACCCUCCUCGUGGGUCAUGCUAACCGCACGGGCACGAGUUGGAUGGUGGGAAUUGCCCUACUGAUUGGAUUGCACGGACUGCUGCAUUUGGGUAUUUCGCACGGUGUCGUGUGCGAAGGAUCGUUGGAGCAUUGUUGGUUGUCGUGCCCGGGAACGGCAGACGCUAUGGCUGCACCGUGGCAAUGGAUUUUGUACGGACUGUACAAUCUGGGUGUGGUGACGAUGGAUGUUCGCAUGGCGCAUUUUCGAUUGCCGUUGGUUCUGCAGUAUGUGUUGAUUGGUGUCGUGACGGUGGCGUUUUGUGCCUUGGGUAGUUUUGCCGGAGCCACGUGGGCAUUACCGGCCGUGUUUGUGCAAUCGCACGCACUGGUUUCCGUGACAGGUGUCUUUGCCAAUUGCGACCGUAUUACUCCGUUCAUGGGGUGGUGGUUUUUGGGUGCUACCGUGGUUGGAUUGACCGAGUUUUUGGCAUGUGAACCCGUAUUGCUGAAAGUGGGGUAUGGUCAUGUGGCGUACGAUACGGUCCUCCAUUUGGCCAUGAUGGCAUCGUUGGUCCCGCGGCAGUACUAG